CAAUGGAGUAAACUUGAUGCUGAUUUGGAUUUGGAACCUGUUAUUAUAUAUGGUAGCCAAUUUCCUGAUGAUUUUGAUGGUGAUUAUCAAUAUAGCAUAUUAAGCCACAUUAUGGUUAGAAGUCUUUAUGACUUGUGGAAUCAAAAUUACAUAACCGUAGGAAAAGAAGGAAGUCAAACGUCUUAUACGCGUGUUGCAUUGGGGGCCUAUUCAAAUCCUAUGGUCUGUGUUCAUAAAAAUUUUCGUUGUAUAUUAGUCCUUGAUGAACAAAAAGUAGAUUACUCGGAUCCACCAUUAUUAAAUCGAUUUGAAAAACAGAGAAUGUCUAUUAGUGAUAUAAUAGAUUAUGACAUGAAAAAGCUAGUAAAUGAACUUAUAGUAUGGUCGGAGCAGAUAUCAACACUUUCAAAUACAGAAGGUGAGGCCGCUUCAAAAUUUAAUGAAAAUGACAUUUUUAUUGGUUUUAAUAAAGAGGAAACGCUGCAAAGUUUAGUAAUUUAUAAUAGCAAUGAUCCGGAAUUAGGAGAUGAAAAGGCUAUUUUGGAUAAGUGCAAAGAAUUAUUGAUAGGUAUAGCUUUGCCAGACGGGAUUGUACGUUCCAAAAAAUCAAUGUUAGCUAAUGAAGAAAUAGAUUAUUGGUAUAAUUUAUAUUUUCAACAAAAUCAUGAGAGUUUAGCUG